AGGGACGUGAACCCUUGCCCGUGAACUGGGAAACAAACGCCCCUGGAUUCUAUCCAAAACAGAAGAGAUGGCUCGUUCUGGAAGCGCCGUGAAGGGAAUGCUAACUCUGUUCAACCUUCGCAGUCUCUUACACUCUCCAUUACCUGGGCUCUUGUCUCAAUGGCAAUGGACAAGAGCCAUCUUCCCACCAAUAGCCCAAAAGAAUUACUGCACCAAACCUACAAAACCUAUCGGGCGCUACCCUGUUCCUUAUAAGAAGGAUCUUCCAUAUGACAUAGUGGAGCUCAUGGAAGAAAUGGAAACAAAGAGUGGAUUUUUGCCAAAUGUGUUCAAAGUACUGUCACAUCGACCUGCUGAGUUUAGAGCUUUCUUUGCCUACUACAAUGCUCUUAUGAAUAAAGAAACUGGCCGACUCAGCAAAGCCGACAGAGAACUUAUAGUGGUGGCUACAAGUAUCAAUAACCGCUGUCUAUACUGUGUGAUUUCCCACGGUGCUCUGCACCGAAUCUACUCUAAAAACCCAACUUUAGCUGACCAGGUGUCUGUGAACUACGAAGUGGCAGAGCUCCAGGCCCGCGAGAGGGUGAUGCUGGAUUUCGCUUUGGCAAUAAGCCGAUGCGAUAACAUCACAGAGGAGCACUUUAAGAACCUGGAGGCCCAUGGUUUUGACCGUGAAGACGCGUGGGACAUCGCAGCAAUUGCUGCCUUUUUUUCAUUGUCCAAUCGCAUUGCUCACUUCACAGACAUGCGCCCCAAUGAAGAGUUUUAUAGCAUGGGCAGACUGCCUAGGGAGAAAGAUGGAGAGCCCAAGAAAUGAAUUUCAAAUCAAAAUGGUAUGUUUUGCACUUCAGCUAUUUACAAUGCACUGCCAAAACUAGCUUUCUGCAUAGGAGUUUUGGUACAGAAAUGUUUCUCAGAGCUGGAUCUAAGGAAAUAGGAAGCUUUCAGUCCUGCUGGGAUGUUUGCUAUGAGUUUUGAAUAGUGUCAAAAAGGCUUCUAAUUCAACCAAAGGCAUAUCAUUUUCAUGUAGUUAAAAGGAAGUUAUGUUCUUGUGACUUAGAACCAGUUUUGCAGGACUUUGAUUAGAGUACUAGUAUUAUCAGUUGUUUAUUUGCCAUGCAAAGUAUAUUUAUGUCUCAUGAAAUCUAUAGAACUGAAAAGCAUUCUGUAAAAAAAAAAAAAAAAAUUAUAACUUUCUUGAUAACCAACAGACUAUCAUUUGGAUAUAUAGUGAGCUGGGAAGUAAUCACACACAUUCACUACGCUUGUUGUUCUUAAGCUUAAAUUGAGUGGUAAUAUGAAACAUUGCUACUGUAGGUGGGGGUUCUUCCUGUGCUUGUCAGAACAGCAGAGUUGUUUUUCUACUGGCCCAUACUAGGAGGUGUGUAUACAGUCAAGUGGAUAACCCAGCUUCCAUGCUGUGGCCCAGUUUUGAAGUGUGUGCAAAGUUUUCCUUUUUUUUUUGUUUUUUUUAUUUAAAUAAACAAAUGCAAUUUUAAACAAACAUCAGUUUUAUACUACCAAGAAACAACUUGAUUGCACACGGUCCUUAAUUAUUGUUUUGAGUUGUUUCUAGCUAGUGUUAAAUGUUUUUUUGUUUUUUUUGUAUUAGUUCUGAAAAAGCAAAAUUGUAAAACUUUGCAUUAAUCACCUCAUUGAAAGUCUGAUAUAUAAAUAUGCAGUAGAAAGUUUGUCUAUACAAUACAUACAUGUUUGUGUGCUACAUUGUGUAUCAGCUUUGUUACUUUAUCUGUUUGCCUUGAAUUAUGAAGAAACUUUUGAUUCUAAAAGAACAUUGUUAAUCAUUAUAAUAAACUACUAUACUAAUAUAUAUAUAUAUAUAUAUAUAUAUAUAUAUAUAUAUAUAUAUAUAUAUAUAUAGCGAUUCAGAAUUGCAGCUUUCAAAAUAGGACUCCUGUUCUGAAAAUCCAUGUACAUGUCCCUACUUAUCUCCCCUUGGAAAUAAGUGGCCUAAUUACAUUUAAACCUUAAUCCCCAUAACAUGCAUUUUGAUAUUGGUACUAAUUUAAACAAUUUGUCAAUUAAACAGCUUCUGAGAUGUUGGCAACACUUAGGGAACUAGGGUGUGUGUAUUCCAUUGCCCUAAAAAAAAAAAAAAAAAAAAAAAAGGAAAACUGCUCUGUAGUAUGUACUUCUCGUUUUGAUGUAAUGGUAUUAUGACAUGGAGUAAUGUUUCUUGUUUUGUGAAAUGUUUUUAUUUCUUUGCUUGUGUUCUGUAUGACUUAUGAUUGCAUAAAGUUGUUAAACAUUUAAAAUGCCACACAUCAUGGGUCUUCUGUUAAGCAAUUUAUUUACUGUAAAUUAUUUAAUCUGGUUUAGUUUUCACAGUUAUGAGUGUUGUGCAUGGACUAGUAUUUGAAUAUUAGUCAAACAAAGAUUGCAUGAAAGCAGAGGCAGAAAUUAACAUGUUUCUAGAAGUAUCGGAUUUAAAUAUAGCCAUUAUGCCGGACCGAUAAAACAUCAUUGCUUUUUUUUUCUGCCUCCAGGGUUUUCUGUAAUGUAUUAAUUGGCAUCUGAAAUAAAUCAAUAAAAACAAAUUCUAGCGCAAAAAUGUUUUUCAUUUGUUUUAAUUUAUAAUUGACUCAAAAGUUCCAAAAUGAGAAGCAUGCAAAUUGAGAGUGCAACGGAGUUUGCUUGAGAACUUCAGCCUAUUGAAGUUAAAUAAAUGGAAAGGCUGAUUUUAUAUUAGGGUUAUGGUAAAUAGCAGUUUGACUGAUUUAAAGGGAAUUAUUUGAUAUAAUGUACAAUACACAAACAUUUAUUUGAUGUAGAGAAGACAUUUUGUGGGAAAUGUAUUAAAUAAAAAGUGUUCUGAUUCU